AUGACAUGCAAUCCAAAUUGGCCAGAAAUUACAAAUGAACUAGGUCCACACGAGGAGAGUCAAAAUAGACCUGAUUUGGUUGCUCGAGUCUUUCAUGCGAAAUUGGAAGAAUUAAAGGACCAGUUGUUCAAAAGGCAAAUAUUCAGAAAAGUGUCAGCAUAUGUCUAUGUUAUUGAGCACCAAAAAAGGGGUCUUCCGCAUGCCCACUUUUUAAUUAUCUUACAAAAUGAGUGGAAAAUCCAUGCACCAGAAUCUUUUGAUGAGAUCGUAUCAGCAGAGAUACCUGAUAAAAAUACAAACAUCCACCUCCAUAAUGCAGUUGUGAAGCACAUGAUGCAUGGACCAUGUGGAGUAUUGAAUCCAUCAAAUGUUCGCAUGAAAGGAAAUCGUGGAUGCAAAAGUAAUUAUCCAAAUAAUUAUGCAUUUGCAACAACUGUUGGAAACAAUUGCUUCCCAAUAUAUAGGCGUUCAAACAAUGGAAUGACUGUGAAGGUUCGAGGACAAUAUCUAGACAAUCGUUGGGUUGUUCCAUACAACCCGUAUCUUCUUGCAACAUUUGACUCUCACAUUAAUGUAGAGAUUUUUUCUACAAUAAAAGCAAUGAAAUAUCUUUACAAGUACAUUUAUAAAGGUCAUGAUCGUGUCACUUUCAACUUGGUUUCUGAAACAAACAAUCAACAAGUUGAUGAAAUCCAACAAUUCCAGUCAGCCCGAUGGAUUGCUCCCCCAGAAGCAAUGUGGAGAAUAUAUGGAUUUAUUAUCAAUGAGAUGUCCCCAGCAGUGUAUAGUUUGCAUUUACAUCUGGAGGAUCAACACCCGGUUACUUUCCAAGCAAACGACGAUCUAAUUAACAUCCUCAAUUUAGACCGUUCUAGAAAAACUAUGCUAACACAAUUCUUUGCAUUAAAUCGAGUAGAUGAAAAUGCAAAGAAAUUACUAUACAAACAAAUUCCAGAAUAUUAUGUUUGGAACCAUCAACACAAAGAAUGGACUCCCCGAAAAACGAAAACAGUCAUAGGUCGCAUUGUUACAGCAAAUCCAUUUGAGGGUGAGCGUUAUUUCAUGUGGAUAUUGCUAAACCAUGUAAGGGGAUCGCUAUCCUUUGAAGAUCUUAGAACAGUCGAGGGCAUUUUGGCCCCCACAUUUCGUGAGGCAGCAACAAUGCAUGGUUUGUUACAAAGAGACAGUAGCUUAGAAGACUGUUUACAUGAGGCAUCUUUAUAUCAAAUGCCAUCCAGUUUGAGGCGACUGUUCACAACAAUAUUGGUAUAUUGUAAUCCAACCAAUCCAAGAGACCUUUGGGAACGUUUUGAGGAAGAUAUGUCAAUUGAUUUCAAAUCUUCAGAAGAUUCUACAUCGACUGCAAGAUAUCAUGUAUUAAGGUCAAUCUCUUCUACAAUUGAAUCAAUGGGGAAAAACAUUAACUCUUACCAUCUUCUUGAUGAAGACAUUUCUUUCGAUGGAAAUGAAUUUCAAUCUAGAGAAAUCGAUGAUGAGUUGGGUGUUGAAAUUCCAGAAGAAGAUAUUACAUCUUUAAGAUCACUUAAUAGCGAGCAACAACAAGUGUAUAAUGUAGUGUUGGAAAAAGUUUUAUCAAACCAAAAUGUUGCAUUCUUUGUAGAUGGCCCAGGUGGGACAGGGAAAACAUUCCUAUACAGGGCACUUCUGGCAACAGUACGAUCAAGAAACUUGGUAGCACUUGCAACUGCUUCAUCAGGUGUGGCUGCAUCUAUACUUCCAGGAGGUCGAACAGCUCACUCACGCUUUAAGCUUCCACUUGAUACUGACGAAAAAACCACAUGUUCUGUGAGCAAACAAAGUGCACUUGCAAACCUUCUUCGUGCAGCAAAAUUAAUAAUAUGGGAUGAGGCACCGAUGACAAGAAAACAACACAUAGAGGCAUUAGACAAAAUGCUACGAGACAUCAAUGAUUCUGACGUAGCCUUCGGUGGAAAGGUUGUUGUUUUCGGGGGAGAUUUUCGACAAGUACUGCCCGUGGUCCGUAAAGGAACUAGACAAGAGCAGGUUAAUUCCAGUCUGGUUCAUUCUUACUUGUGGCCUACAUUGACUAAGUUUCGACUAACUGAAAAUAUGCGAGCAAGAUUAGAUCCAAUGUUUUCAAAUUAUGUGUUUUCAGUAGGUAAUGGAUUGCCACCCAUCACAAAAGAUGAAAUCAUCAAAAUACCAAAUGGGAUGCUUGUUCCCUAUCAUGACGACAAGACUUCAUUAGACCACUUAAUACAAGACGUUUUCCACAACAUUCAAGAUUAUUCAGGAAAUAUGUCAACUAUGAUGAACUGGGCCAUACUAACACUAAAGAAUAGUUUUGUGGAUGAAAUAAAUGCAUUGUUAAUACAAAGAUUUCCAGGUGAAGCCCAGCGAUAUUACAGUGUAGAUGAGACAAUAGAUAAAACUGAGCAAUCAGUUAUGGAAGAUUUCUUAAACACAUUAACGCCUAAUGGACUUCCGCCUCAUGAAUUAUUACUAAAGAAAAAUUGUCCCAUCAUGCUCUUAAGAAACAUUAAUCCUUCAGAGGGACUAUGCAAUGGAACCCGUUUCAUUUGUCGGGCUUUCGAUCGAAAUAUCAUAGAUGCUAAAAUUGUCGUUGGACAUCAUAUGGGAAAAAGAGUCUUCAUUCCAAGAAUACCAUUCUUACCAAAUGUGGAUGAUAAUAGUGGUUUUCCGUUUAAGCGAACUCAAUUUCCUAUAAGAUUAAGUUUUGCAAUGACCAUAAAUAAGUCACAAGGCCAAACAUUAGAUUAUGUUGGGAUUUAUUUACCACAACCAGUAUUUUCUCAUGGCCAAUUGUACGUGGCUUUAUCAAGGGCAAAGACAGCGUCUACAGAAAAAAUGCCAACAAUAUGUACAUCGAUCAACGAGAUCACACCAAAUACAAAACCCUGGAAAAUCAAGAUGAUUGUGGCAGACAAAUCUCCAAAGCGAACAAGUCGUUCCUCAGCAGUCAAAUACCAAAAUCUAAUAUUAAUUGACCAACAGGGGAAUCGAGUCCAAUCAGUAAUUUAUGGAAUAGAUAUUGACUCUAGGGAGGACACUUUAAAAUUGUUUCACUCUUAUUAUAUCAGUGACGCACUUGUCAAAAAUGCCAACCCAAGGUACAAGAUUGGAUCAUAUGAAUAUGAUUGGACCUUCAACUCAAGAACACUAAUAGAAGAUGUAGAAGAACAAGACAAUCAAAUAGAGGCGCAAAAAUAUAACAUCGUUCCAUUUACAGACUUGCACUCUUACAAAGACUCAACUGAACGAAUAGAUUUCUUAGCUGUUGCAAUCCAGAUUGAAUCAACAAAAGAGAUACCCACAAAAUUUCAACAACAAACAAUCCAAGAGAUAUAUCUUAUCGAUGAAAGCUUCAACCCAAUAAAAUUGACUAUGUGGGGUCGGUUUGUCCAAGACGAAUGCAAAACAAUAACAAAAAUUAUUGAAGAAUAUCCAAUAAUAUUGGGAACACAAAUAGUUGUUAGAAUAUAUCGAGGAUUGUCCUUAUCAUCACGUUCAUCAAGUACCUUUACAAUCAAUCCUCAAAUUCCAGAGACAACUGCAUUGAAGCAAUGGGCGAAUAAUAAUACACUGAAAAUUAAAAGUAUCAUUGAAACGUCGUUGACACAUCUAUCUACUACUAUAUCUUCUAUUGGACUUCAAAAAACCGUCAAAAUUUGUGAUAUUCCCCGUGCAAUGAGGGCUUUGCAAUCUAUGGAGGAAAUUCCUCAACACAUUGAAAUUAUUGCAAAUAAAUUAGCAACAAAAAAAUGGACAAUCAAAUUGUCCGAAGAUGAAGAAAAAAUGAAUAAUGUGAAAUACAAACAUUUCAUUAUUCUCUCAAUUGAAGCCAAACAAGAUAACAACGAGGAUGAAUCAUCAUCCUAA